AUCCCCAUCCUCCUCCCGUCCGCCCCUGCGUGCUGAGAGACAUACCGGGAGAACAACCGCAGACCAACAGGCUGGGUCGGGGGACGGAGAGAGCGAGGGAGAGGCGAUGGCGGCCGGUGCGGGAUGCGGAGAGUCGGUGGAUCAGUAUCGGGCCGAGGUGGAACGGCUGGCCCAGGAGCUGAGCGAAGCGAACGGGGAGAAGAUCCGGGCUGCUGAGUGCGGGCUGGUGGUCCUGGAGGAGAACCAAGCGCUGAAGAACAAGUGCGCCGAACUGGAGAGCGAGCAGGAGGCUCUGAGGAAAGAGUUGGAACAAUUGCAAGAGGCAUUCGGCCAAGCAUACAGCAUACAGCGCAAGGUGGCCGAGGACGGCGAGACCAAUGAGGAGACGUUGCUGCAAGAGUCUGCAUCCAAGGAGGCGUACUACAUGUCUCGUCUUUUGGAGCUGCAGACGGAGCUCACCUUGAGUCGCUCUGUCGCUUCCAACGCGCAGUCAGAGAAUGAGAGGCUCAAUGAAGUCGUGCUGGGUCUGCGAGAGAGUAUUGAUGUGCUGGAGCUCCAGAGAAGUAGGAUGAGGGAAGAGAUCAAAGAGUAUAAAUUCAGAGAGACACGUCUGCUUCAGGAUUACACAGAGCUCGAGGAGGAGAACAUCACCUUGCAGAAAUUGGUCUCUACGCUCAAGCAGAGCCAGGUGGAGUAUGAGGGUCUCAAGCACGAGAUUAAGGUGCUGGAAGAGGAAACCGUUUUGCUCAACAGCCAACUUGAAGACGCGUUACGUCUGAAAGAAAUCUCUGCGGGACAACUGGAGGAGUCCUUGGAUGCCCUCAAGAGUGAGCGUGAGCAGAAGAACAAUCUGCGAAAAGAGUUGGCCCAUUACCUCAGCCUGAGUGACAGCGUCUACGUGGCAGGAGCCCACAUUGCCCUCACGGUCACCGAAGGCCUCAAGUUCCCAGAGGAGGUCAAUGGUAGCUCCAGCGCCAACAGCAGCAGUAUUGUCCCUGUCAACGGCAACAAUGACGACAGUUGUCGACACAACGGUCACCUUCACGCAGGCGCCAUGUUGGCCAAAAUGAACGGAGACUACCAUGCGGGCAGAAAGAGCGAGGGUCUGCAUCCGGUACCAGACCUGUUUAGUGAGCUCAACCUCUCAGAGAUGCAGAAGCUCAAACAACAGCUCCUACAGGUAGAGCGUGAGAAAGCCGCACUGCUCAUGAACCUGCAGGAAUCGCAGACCCAACUGCAACACACUCAAGGCGCUCUAACUGAGCAGAGCGAGCGCGUCCAUCGCCUCACGGAGCGCGUCAACGCCAUGAAGCAUCUUACCGGUGGCAAAGAACUGGAUGACCCUCAAGAGUGUGAGAAACCUGCCGACGGCUCCCUGUCGCCACAAGCUAAUGGUCACGGCGAUGUGGCCAUACAUGGCUUUGAGGUCCUGGAGUGUAAAUACAAGGUGGCUGUGACAGAGGUGAUCAACCUGAAAACAGAGCUGAAGGCCUUGAAGGAGAAAUAUAGCCAGACUGCGGAGGAGCAAGCGGAGGAUCAUAGUGACGACAGAGUACGCGCACUGGGGGAACAGGUAACCCAUUUGGAGAGCAGCUUGCAGGAAGGCCGUGAGAGGGUGGCGAGCCUGGAGGCGGAGCUUCGUGCAUCUGUGAGCACCGCCGCAGAGAGCCAGGGCCUGCUGAACACGGCACAGGAUGAGCUGGUGACUUUCAGCGAGGAGCUGGCGCAGCUCUACCACCACGUGUGUCUAUGCAAUAAUGAGACACCCAACCGCGUCAUGCUCGACUAUUACCGCCAGAGCCGAGUCACACGCAACGGUAGCCUCAAAGGCUCCGAAGACCUCCGGGCUUUACUUACACCACGCCUGGCUCGACGCCUGGCUGCAGUUUCGGCGCUCUGCUCCUCCGAGGCGCAGCGUUGUCCCUUGGACUCCCCGUCCAAAGAGCCCCAACACAGUGACACAACCACCAACACACCAGAGUCCCCAGUUCACCACAGUAGCCCCACCCGCAACCCCAUUGGCUCUCUUGUCACCAGCACAUCCCCUUGCCCAUCACCGGUGCCCUCGGAGGCAGUGGGAGACCUGCGGAAGGAACCCAUGAACAUCUACAACUUGAACGCCAUCAUCAAAGACCAAAUCAAGCACCUGCAGAGGGCUGUUGACCGCUCCCUGCAGCUGUCCAGGCAGAGAGCUGCAGCCAGAGAGUUAGCUCCCAUGUUUGAUAAAGACAAGGAAUUGUGUAUGGAGGAAAUCCUGAAGCUCAAGUCCCUCCUUAGUACCAAAAGAGAGCAGAUAGCCACACUCAGACUGGUUCUGAAGGCCAAUAAACAGACAGCAGAGGUAGCACUAGCCAAUCUGAAGAGCAAGUAUGAAAAUGAAAAAGUCAUGGUGACUGAAACCAUGAUGAAGACGCGAAAUGAGCUGAAGGCCCUCAAAGAAGACGCCGCCACCUUCUCCUCACUCAGAGCUAUGUUUGCCACCAGAUGUGAUGAAUAUGUUAUCCAGCUGGAUGAGAUGCAGAGGCAACUUGCAGCAGCUGAAGAUGAGAAGAAGACAUUAAACUCGCUCCUCCGUAUGGCUAUCCACCAGAAACUGGCCUUGACCCAACGGCUGGAGGAUCUAGAGUUUGACAAUGAGCAGAUCCAUCGUGGUCGCGGUGCUAAAAUACCCAAAAUGAAAAGCAGCCCACCAAAAAUUGUCAGCAGCCUGCUGCCUCAGUAUCGUCGUUCUCCACACACCUAAGGCGAGGGAGAAUUUCCUUCCUAUACAGUCCUAAAUUUCGUGCUGACCUUCAAGAACACAAAGCAGUUUUGUCCAGCAGCGGGAGCCUUCUUAUCCCUAUGUGACCUUCGUAACUGCCCGGCCCACCAAUCCCAGUCCCCAAACAUAACCCUUGUUGAUUAAGAGUGGGAGUGGUGCUCCUGUGUGUGGGUCUCCUCAUGGCUCCUCGAAGCCCUACAAAGAUGUCACUGGAUUCCAUGAUAUAGAAGUGCUUCCUGGUCCACUGACACCGCGUGUCACAAGAGACUGGCAAACGCACGCAAACACGAACACACGCACAUGCACGCACACACACACACGCACGAGUGACAAAUCACAUGACUCUUUUCCCCUAAUUGUAUGUUUGAACAUUAACUGCUAUUGGUAAUUAUUUAUUCAUUAGAUAUUUAUUAUUAUUGAAAUGAUGUUUUUCUUUUGGCUGGCGAUUUCUUAACUAUGGCUUAAAGUUUAAAUGAACCCAAAGAAAGCAGUAUUAAAAGGGAGAUUUUAUCAGUGUUAAAGAAUUUCUUGUCAUGGUCAUGACUGCUAACUUUUCUGUUUUUUCUUUGGAUGCUUGUGUUUUUAUACAAAUACUUUUUGCAACCCAUGAGACUUUUAUAACAUUUGUUUUUUUAGUUGUAUUUAUUUUUUAUUUUAUUUUAGAGCAGCCUUGAGGAAUGUGACUAAAUCCAUGCUUGGCUCAUUUCUCGUCAGAGACUGAGUUAGAUGAGUAUCUAUGAGAUUAGGGCUGCUGGCCUGAGUUGUUGCCUUUUGAGUUGCACAGGUUCAAGUGACCAUGUAGGGACCAGACCUCCUGUUUUUUUUUAAAUAUGUCAACAGUAAUUUAUCAAGGUGUGCCUCUUCUUGUGUUCCUUACAGUUGCCAUUAUUUUUCAAAUAUUUUAUUCAAAACAAAUAUUGUCUUUUCUAAGAGGUCCUCUUCUGUUUUAUCAAGGUUAGAAAAUAAAACUUUCUAUGAGAAUCUUAGUUUGGGAUUUUUGGAAAUAUUCCAAAUUAAUUAGAAGUAUGUACUUCAAAUGUUAUCAUAUACAAACCUAAAUAUGAAAUAUCCUUAUUUACCCUCCUGUAACACAUUGUGAUGACGGCAAAUGAUUAUGUAUCUCUGUUGAUAUGCUUCCUUCACACAGUAUGCAGUACUGUCCAAGCACAACUGAGCAUCUAUGCAUUACAGCACUAUCCAGUCGCGCUCACCACAAACUCUCUACCGACGGUAAAAGUGUUUCCCACUUUGUUCAAAAAGAUUGGUUAUGCAGUAAGUUACUUCUCGUAAUUAAUCCUUAACACCAAUUGCAACAGUUCUGAUCUGACACAAGUGACUGGUAUGGAUAGCCUUUCUAAUGUUAGUCUUUUUUUUGUAACUUCAUUCUGUGAUCUGAUCUUCACCACUUUCUAAUCAUCAGAACGUCUAAUGAAAUGUGAAUGACGUGGAACUAAAGCCAGUAUAAUGCAUUUCUGGAUGGGUUGUAUGUGUGCAUUUGCAAUACCUGUAUUCCUGCUGGGUCACUGGUGACCAACCUGUCUUGGUCUGUUUGCACAAUAUAGCAGGAUAGAAAUCGAGAGACUAAAAAAGAUAAACAAACCUCUUUGUAAAUUAAAAAUAGCUGAAUGCUCAAGCUACAAUUGAAAUUUUCUCUUUAAAAUUGCAUUUAAUUGAUUUCAGAAAUAAAAAAUGGACUUGUCUAAUUUA